AUUUAAUAUCAGUAUAAUAUUCGUGAUUCAGUAUAAUUUUGAAUAGCAUUUUAUUUGCAAAACUAAAUAUGAUAUAUUUUAUACGUAAUGUACUAUUUGAAACCGUAAUUAUUUUCAUAAUUUUCAAGGGCAUGAACACCAUAGGUAAAAAUAUUACUCUCAAAUAUUAUUUUAAACAUAUACGUCAAAACAUAGUGCAAUGAUUUUGUUUACAAAUAAUCCUACUUAGGAUUUAAAAAAAAUCGGUGUAUAAAAAUUAUUUUUAACAUUUUUAAUUAAUUCGGUUGAUUUUAGAGUUGCAUCUAAAAAUUAAUUUAAUAAUUUAGCGGUUGAUAAAUAGAUCACUGACCGCUUUAUUUUAAAAUAUUAUUCUUAAUAUAUUUUAUUAGAUUCAGAGUGUAGCGAGGGAUCUAUUGGGUUUAAUAUGAUGUGUUUUUAUUUUUUUCUGCCUGUAAACAAAUUGUCUACUAGAAAUCUAGUACCAAAGUAUCAAGUGUAAUACUUUUUCUGAAAGGAAAUUUUCUUUAGUUGAUACAUUUAAGAGAUCAUUUUUUGAUUUUCUAAGGGUUUUGUAAAAUAAUUGGAAAACAUUUUUCGAAAAACAGCAAAUAAUUACGGCAUGCCGAAAGCGUUACCUAUUUCAUUAUUAUUAAUUUUUGCGAAGUAUGUUUUCUACCAGAAAUAUUGCUUGAAGUAAAAAAUGUCAAAUAAUCUUUUUUGAUCUAGUUAUUCCAGAAGAAUAAUUCUUUUUUUAUUGCAUUUUGGAUAUCAUAACUUACAAAAUAAAUAAAUAAUUUUUUGAUUGUCCAAGCCGUUUUUUUAAUAGUUGAACAAAAUUGAAAAAAAAACGUUGAAAGAACAGGCAAAUUUACGCAAAUAAUAAUGGUAUUAUUACUUUCAAUUUUUUUUUUUUUUUAUUGUUUAGUUAAAAAUAUCCGUAUAAACUUGAAGUUAUUAUGGUAGAUAUUCUGUGGAUAAAAUAGUUUAACCUAACAGAAAUUUUUGAGAAUUUAAUAGGAGGUUCUUUAUAAGUCUUAGUAUGACUUGUAAAAAGGUUAAAAAAAAAUUAAAUUUAAAUUAUUUGUAUGUUUUUUAAGAGAAUAUUAGCAAAAGAUGUUAGCGUCAUUUUUCAGGUUUUUUUAAACAUAAAAAUCUGAACCUUAUAGUUAUAAUUAGGGCUUGGUAGCCCUGUAGCUGUAACUCUAGCAAAAUAAAUUCUUAAAAAAAUAUUGUAAGUAGCCGAAUAAGCAAAAUAAAGUUUACUUCAUUGAAAUCAGAACGAUUCAAAACGUAUUUUUUUGUAAGAAUUAUCUUUCAUUAUAGCACUCCCUUCGAAAGUAGCAUUUGCUAUAAAAUCUGAGUCAUAGUUAUAACUAUAUCUUAUGUGUUAUAUUGUAUGAAAUAAACUGACAUUUUAACAGGUAUCUCUCCAGUGAGUAUGUAUUCUAAUAUUAUUUUAUAUGCAAUUUUUUCAACUUGAAUAUUUCAACAAAAAUUAACUAUUUUUUUAUGUUACUGUGCAAAAAGUAUAAAACACCAAUGCUUGGCAUUAGCAAAAAAGCAUUUAAAAAAUAAAAAAUAAAAUUAAUUAUAACUGACUUCAUUUUUAAUUUUUAAUUUCGUAUUAACUUAACUUUUAACGACUUAUUCCUAGUACAUAUUUUUAAUAAAUAAUAAGUUCGUUUUAAAUACAUUUUAACAUAAUAUUAUAUUAAGUAUAUUUAUACUUAUUAGGAAAUAAUAAUAAUUUUUGACGAUAUAAUUAUCACUAUUUAAAGGUACAAGAAAUAUUUUGAAAAUAAAUACCAAAUAAUAAUAUAGUGCACCUAUAUAUAAUUUUUUUUUACAUAUUAUUGCAAUAUUAUGUAUAAUGAGAAUUUUACAAUUUAUUGGGAAGUUGAACCAAAGCCAUGUUUAAGUAAGAAUAUUUAUUUUAUAUAAUAAGUAGUUAUUUGAAUAACUAAAUGCAGAACACAUGUUCAAAUACUAAACUUUUUUAUAAAAGAUGAAUUACAAAUUCAACAAAUUAUAUAGGUAAUAGUGUAAAACUAUAGAUAAUGUUUAUAUUAAUAGAUUCGAUAAUUGAUUGUCCUAUUUUUCUUCAAGGUGAGUAGUUAUAAUGUUUUAAAUAUACAUUUUUUUGUUUGUUUGUUAUUCAAUAAGUAAAAUUAUGUAUUAAUUGUAUAAUAUUAUUAUGGCGAUUCUUGACUUGAGCAUGACGGAGUUAAGAAAGCAGUGACAAAGUAUCAAAGCCUUCAAAUUUCCAUAUUAUUUACAUACUCAAACCGAAUAUUGAUCUUGAUAAAUAGUUUACAAGUGCAUAGGUUUUUUUUAAUUUUUUAAUAAAGGUUAGCUUAAAAAAGCGGAUGUACUUAAUACCUUUGGUAGGUCAAUGUAAUUGAAAAAAAAUGCGAAAGUACACAAUAUAGGUUAGUUUACUAGUUUAAUUUAUAUUCUGAAAGUAACGAUAAAUCAUUACAAUCAAAAACGAUUUUAAGCUUAAUAAAAUUAGAGUUAAUACGACCAAGAAUAAGUCAUGUUUUUUCUUGUAAUCAAGGCAAUCCAUAAAUCAACAAAUAUAACCAAUGUAUGGAUAUUUGAUGUCAUUUUUUAAAAUCGUAUAAAAAAAUUGUUGGGAAUAAAGAAACUUUUCAAAAUUAAGUACCAUUAAGCAAAAAAUUGGUAUCUCUUAAGGUAGUUACGACACAAAUUAUUAGGAGAAUUUUUAAUCACUAAAAAAUUAUUUCCCGAGAGAACGAAAAAAUAAUCUUUAGGUGUGAACUUUUAAAAAUUUCAAAACGUGUUUCAAGCAGGGCUUCAAACCGGUGUAACAGGCAAAUCUGACGUCAGCCGAAUAUGACUGCAAAUAGUUAGAUUAGCUCAACGUCAUAUGCGCCUGUUAACCCAGGCAAAUGUAACGUCGGGCAAAUCUAACUCCACGGCGAUUGAAUUAAUUUGUAUUUAUAUGUAUGUUUAAAUUAUUUAUAUACAAUUUAUUUUACAUUUUCUUACUUAUUGGAAUAGUGAAUAUUUUUUAUUUUAAUACAGGUAUUUUCUUGUAUUAAUUUUUAAGCAAUAUACAUUUUUAUUUAUGGCAAUACUAAUGUAAGCUAGAUUAAUUUUAUUUAUUGUAUUUAAAAACGGUAAACUGCAUUAAUUACUUAGUUAGCGUCUUGGAGGGUAUUUAUUGUAAUCUCUCGCCGUACUGUCAAAGAUUAGGCAUCUCAGUAUACUCAGGCAUUUCUCGUACCCACUGGGCGGCCAAGGCGUCUGAGUACGAUACGGGCAGCAACCACACCGACCACAACGGCAACGACACUAGCGACACUAGCGAUACGGCUCGAUAAUAGCCAUGGAUGAGGGGGAGGAAGAGAACUUAAUUAUACUAUCCCGUAGUACGGGGGAAUUCUUUGACUGCCACAACUCGGAAAACGAGUCAAUUACAACUACUUAAAACUAAAGAACAAAAAAAAAUAUACAACCAAUACGGGUCCGGGGAUGAUGGAAGACAAGCCCUUUUCAGCGGUCAGCACGUGAACGGGUUGUGGUUUUUCAUUGAAGGACUGCACUAGUCUUGGUACCAGUUGGCACAUUGCUGGUGAAAAGAAGAAAUUAGGUAGCUAAAUAAAAAUAACGUGAACGCACAAGUUGUUGAUUACGAAAACGUACAUAUUUUUACCAACGAGUAUAUUAGUGACUCAAAUCGAGACAAGAAAAAAUAAUUAAUAAAAAAAAAAAGAUUAAUAGUAUUAAGUUUAGAAAACAACAAAAAACUACAAUAAUAAACGAGUGAGACAAUGUUGUACCCCCGAAAAGCACGGUGGACGUAGUACGAUAAUGACAAUACACUAAUCCAACAAUAACAAAACCGAGCGUAGGCAAAGGCGGCCGCGCGCGCAGGCAUAAUUACAUAACAGAUAGGCAUUUUUCCACGCUUAUCGCGUUGGUAUACGACGGGAAACAAAAAAAAAAAACCAACCGACAAUAAUUUAUAAUAACAAUUCAACACUCGCAUAUUUAUUUUAAUAUUACGGAAGAAUUUUGACGAUAGGAGUCACCGCGAACGAAACGGUUUACGCAAAUUUGCUGAGCAUUGUAGCGUGAACAAGGGCUAUUUAACAUUUUUUCAUUGUAGUUACAUGUAAAAAUGUUAAAUAGUCCUACACUGUAUAUAUGUAUAUAUUUUUUUUACAGGAAUUCUAAUAAGUUAUAGUAAAUUUUAACGAAAAUCGUAAAUAUUACGACCUAAUAAAUUAUGUAUAAAGUGCAUUAUACAUAUAUAACCGUACUUCUCUCCGAAUCGUUUUUCGUUAGAAAUGGUUUGUCGUAUUCUACCUUCCUAACUUCCACAACAGUGACACACCCGUAAUGAGUAUUCAGCCCUCGUUAAAACAAUAUAAAGUAAUAUAAAUAUUACUUACUUAUUUUAUAACAAAUAUUUGUUUAAAAACGUAAAAAUGCGCAGGUUUUGUAUUUAUUUAAUUAUAGUAGUAAAUUAAAUAAUAGUAAUUUAUAAAUUCAUUAACUAAGAAUAAAUGUCUUCUAUAAUUUUAAAAAUAUGAUUAUUUUAACAUAAAUCGUUAUCAUGUUUGUUUAUAAAAUAGGAACCUUAAUUGAUAAAGAUAUGAUUUAUAGUAAGCCGUCAUUUAAAAUUUAUAAUAAUAAUUACAUUUAAAAUGUCUAGACUUUAAGUAUGUUACUUACUAUGAAGAGAACAAUUUUUUGUUUCGUGAAUUUUAUAUGAAUUGUUGAUAUAUAUUUUUCUUGUUUUUUUAAGAAGACGAAGCAUUCCGACACUUUCUUUGGAGAAAGGCGAACGAUAUAAGUGAGUUAAAUGAAUUUAAGAAUGUUUAUUGAAAUAAAUAUUAGACAAAUCAACAGUUAUACAUGUCAGCUUAAUUGUCCAAAUUCUGCAGUCGACUAAGCUAACUAAAUUUGGUUUACGAAGUGCGGGAUCAUAGACAUGUGGUGGGUGUUCAAUUUAGAGUAGGAAAGCUACAAGCUUAAGAAAUUUGCGCUGGUCUCGUUUUAAUUGCCUGCAGGUCACUGCAAUAUGAGGGUCCCAACCAGAAUUCAGAGCCAUUCAAUAAUUGGUCGAACGAGGGCACAAUAGAGGGCACAUAAAAAAGUACAUGAUUCGAACUCGAGGAAAAUAUGUUUCAAGAAACCCAACGUUUUUAAUUAGUAUUAAUCAGACGAACUAUAAAAACAGUCAGUUAUAUGUACAACAAAAUAAUAAGUAGGUAUAAUUAAAGUGUGUCGCGUUUUGGUUCAGAUUCGCAUUUGUUUCAGUAGCAAGUGACCUAGAUUUUAAAAAAAAACGACAAAUUUCAUGUCUUUUCGUUGCCAUAUUAUAGAUUUUAUUCGUUUGAAUUUUUUAAGUAGCUUUUAGAAUUUGUUUGACCAUCCUACGGCCACUAUAACUGAAAAACCGAGUAUGGGCUGGAGAAACGUUUUUUCAGCCCGCCUAUUUCAAAAAAACGACAAUUUUUUUGAUGUUUCCAUGUUAAAUUUUGUUUAAAUUAUUAUGUAGUAAAUUAAAGCUUUUAUUUUAACAUAAAAAAUAAAACUAAAUAGUAUUUAAUUGUAAAUAGAAAACAAAUUUGAUAAUAUUGAUUUUAUUCGAGUAUUUACAAUUUUAACUAAUUUUAAUAAUAUGGAAAUACUGUACGUAUUAUUCAACCUUUUUUUAGACACUUCAUCUUGUAUGAAAAGCAGAGUUGAUACUUCAACAAAAAAAAUUUGAUUUUAGGUUUUUAACUGAAGAAUGGGAGAAAAUUCAACCUGAAGAUGUAUAUCACAAAUCUUAUGACAAAAGGCAUUCCAUGAAUAAAUUUCGAGGUUAUUAUACUUUUCCUAAAUGUCCAUGGAAGCCGUUGUUAGCUGAACAUUUUUGGUUGUACACUAAACUGUCAUGUUGCCUUGCUUUUAAAAGAGAAAAAGUACUUCCGAGUUGAAAUGUUAUCUUUCUUCUUCUUUUCUUUGUUGGACGUUGUUCAGUUUGUCAGUCACACUUUAAAAGCAUAGUUUCAGAAAGACCUUCAUAUAACACACAGUAUCUACAUAUUGUAUUAUAAGUUAGGUAGUAUAUAAGGUGAUUUUUCCAUGGUUGAACAACUCAAAUUAAGUUUAAAAUAUUAAUUAUUGAACAUAUUAAACAAAUGUGGCUAAUAGCAUAGGUGAUCUGCAAAGUUUUGUGACAGAUAAAAUGUGCAUACAAGAAUUCAACUGUGAACACUGCUGUGUAGGAAAGAAACAAGUUACAAUAAAUGUAUAAAAAAAAAUUUACUUUUUUAUUUUUCUAUAUUGAGAAGGUAUGUAUUAAAAAACAAAAAAAUUAUAAUUAUGAUUAAUAUUUUGUGUAAAGCGAAAAUGCUGUAUUUGACCAAAGAAGUGCGGAGGCAGCAAAGUUGAUUCGGCCAUAACUAGGCGAUAUUCCACAAGUCAUAAAUGUGGAUACAGUUAAUUAUGAACUUCAGGGUGUUGUCAAUUAAAAAUGGGCAAGAGAAGUUUACGAGGACAUUACAUAGCAUACAAAACACGAGGCAAUCGACUUUGGGAAUUGCAUGAUGAUUUAAAAAACAAAGCAAUUCCUGAAAAAGACAUCAUGCAAGUUGAUUGCGAGUUUAUUAUAUACCGUUUAAUUUGAAUUGUAAAUACUUGAAUAAAAUCAUUAUUAUCAAAUUUAUUUUCUAUUUAAAAUUAAAUACUUUUCAAGUUUUAUUAUUUAAAUUCAAAAAAGAGCUUUAAUUUACUAUAUAAUAAUAAACUCAAAAUUUAGUUAAACCAUGACAUUUGUCGUUUUUUUAAAAUCGGGGGUCUGGAGAAACGUUUCUCCAGCCCCUCCCUGGUUUUUAGGUUAUAGCUGUCGUAAGAUGACCAAACAAAUUCGUAAUGGUAUUUCAAAACCCAAAAUUCAAAAUGGGGAGGGGGCAGUGAAACGUAGGUGUAUCAGUAAUGUUUAUUAUAGCUAGUAAAAAGUGGACAAUAACGAUAAUAGAUAUAGUGAAGAAUUAUGGAAGCGAGACGUGCUUAAUAUAAAAAUACUGUGAUUAUAUUUAACUACUCUUUUCAUAGUCUAAUUUAAGUUUAAUGUCGAAUACUGUGCUCAAAGUUAGCAGUACAACAAAUUUUUUUCUAGAAAAUUGAUAAAUAAUUUCAAUUUAAAUAUCUUGGUUACAAAUUUAAAUGCUUGUUCUUAAACAGUCUUGUAAAAGAUAUUUUUUCAAAGAAUUCAAGUUUCAAGCACAGAUACAGAUUUUUAAAUACUUUAAAAUAAUUUAAAAUUUGUUACACAGCAUUUUUCUUAUAUUUCUAACCAACUAGGUUUGUUUUUUUAGCAUAUUCAUAUUUUGCGAUAGACACUUCCGAAUAGUUAUUACUAUUUAUCGAAAUAUUCGAUAAAAAAAAGGUUUACGACUACCUAUUUAAUAGUUUUUCAACUAACGAUUAUUUUAAAAACUAACUUGUUUUAGAUAUUUCUUCACGAAUUAUUUUUAGUGAAAGGUUACGAUGUUCGCUUAAAGACUUGUUACAAGCGUUUCAUUUCUUUAGGUGAUGAAGAAUUUAGAGAGGCCGACCGUAAGUAUGUUAUCUAUGUGUGCUAUAUUUUAUACCGGGUAAAAUUAAAGUUCGUUGUUUUUAUGGAAUCGUUGUUAAAAUGAAGAAAAUGUAUAAAACCUAUUUAAUUAUUUUACUAUAAAAUUACAUACAUUGUUGACAAAGUAUUACUAUCAACUGAAAUCCGCUUAGAAUAGUUUUUUCGUAUGCAAUGGUUUAUCGUUGCUUGCAGGUAUACAUUAAAUAACAGUUUCCGCACCCGUCCCCAUUAUUCUAGGACAUCUUUUUUAAAUUUCGUAUUUAAGUUAUAUUAUUCUCUAUACUAGCAGUUCCCAAACUUUUUUUCCGGCGGUGAUCUUUUUUGGACUAAAUUCAGUCAGGGUGUCCUUCAGUGUAUACUGUGAGAAAGAUACUUAAAAAAUCAAGAUUGAUUGUCAAUGAUAAUCAGUUUUUAUAAUUUUACUGAAGAUAAUAAAACAUAGGUUUUCUAUACAAACAAUUCAAUUUUAAAUUAAUAAAAGAAAUUACAAUAAAUUAUAAAUAAUUUGUAUGAGUCACAGUGCCUCUGAAAAGUACUUGCAGUGCCCUUAAGGUACCGCAGUGCACAGUUUGAGAACCGCUGCUUUGUGCAACGUAAAAGUAUCGGUGUACUUGGAGGACAAAAACACGUCUGUUUUCGAGCUUGCGUUCACACUCCGGACAUCGGUACCGGUUCAUCCACUCACCCGCCUAUCAGUCAAUCCCACCACUGCUAUCACCCUGUCGAUCGUCUCGCCGCCAUAUAUGCACAUGGUAUAUGACAUACGUAGUGAUCAUGAUUUUGAUAACAUUUUGUAUUAACGGCCUUAACGCGUGCAAGUGUUUUUUCGCACUAACGUUUAUUUGAAUAAACGCUAUAAUUUACGUUUUACGUAACGUAAUUUUGCUAUGUUUCCCGUUAGUUUGACUAAAACAGUAUAUGCGUGUAUAUUACAGCGAUUUAUUCGGUAAUAGACCUUAUGAUUCGCUGUAUACACGGCAGCGGUAGUGACAAUGACGGCGCACGAUCAGUUACGGUUGUUUCUGAUCAAUCAGUUAGGGAUCCGGCAAAGUUCUGCGCUUAAUCGUGUAUGCGCAAGUACCCUUAAUUUAGUUGAAUACAUUAUAGUUAAAACCAUUUGUAUUAUUUUUUUUAUAAUAUUGAUAUUGAAAAUUGUAUAUACGGGAUAUUCCGCGCAAAUAGUCGUCAAUCGUUUUUUUAUUCGAACUUUCAUAAAUUCGAAAGACAUUAUGACAUUGUGACGGUGAAGGAGUAUAUUAAAUUGAACUUGUAUUGUACUAGAACGAUUAGCAUGUAGCAAUACAAUAGUAUUCUGGAAUUUACUGAAUCACUACUAUUAGAUAAAUAUAGAUACUAUUAUAAACUAUUAUCACGCAAAAUAUUAAAUCAAGUAUAAUAAUAAUUACUAUUAUUUAUUAUAAACCUAUUUAAUAUAAUAGUAUUAUAAUAAACCUAUAUCACUUUUUUAAAACUUUCGAUUGUCUUCUUAUUAACUGUCUCCAUGUUAUUUUCAUAAUUUAACCACUGAUUCGUCUGUUUCGAUUUGAUAAUAUCAGGCCGUUACAUGUGCCUAUUAAAUUUUUUAAUUUUAAUAAAGAACAGAGUCCACAGCAAUUAUACUAUAAAAUAAAAUUAACAGUUUUUAUAUAAAUACAUUUUUAUAUUUUUCAGCCGUAGCUCAACGAUACAUAUUAUUUCUACAAAAUUUUAUAGGUUUUCGUAAGUAUAUUUUUUUUUAUACAUAAUACUGUGAACUGUGCAACAUACAACAAAUACAAAUUACUAGAUAAAUAUUAAAUAAAACUAAUUUAAAAUAAUUGUAUUUUUUUUUUUUUUUAUUGUUUAACUAUAAAUAAUUUAUAUGACUAUGAUAUUAUAUUGAUUAUUUCGACAUUGUCGUCACAAAAUUGAGACAAUUAUCAGACAUUAUUAUUUGAUUAGAAGUGAUAAAAAAAUGCAAUAUCAUUUAUUUACAUUAACGUUUAGUGAAUAAUGUAGUCAUUUCGUACUAGGUAUGUUUUUGUUAAGUGUACGUGUCAACAUCAGAAUAAGAUUUAUAAAUAAUACAACAUUUUAGUUUUUUUUUUUUUUUGUGAAGUUUGAUUCAGAUAAUAUAAUGUAAUAAUAGACUGGCAACAACAAGGCAGGGGGAGGGGUGCUGUACCUUCUCGUGGUCCCCCCUGUCUAGUAGUAUUGUUAAUACGUGAGCCUCAUUGCGUCUUUUCUCAACUUUGCUCAACUAUGUCUACAACACGAAGCCAAACAGCACAAACAAGGCGGCCGAAUGUCGAAAGACCUCCCGGUCUUAUUGGUGUAAAUAGCCCUUUUCAAGGCUACUCCUAUGACAAUAUGCUCCUAUGCUUUCCAUGAGACCCGAAAAAAUAAAAACAAAAACAAAAAAAUAUAUAAGAGAAUUUCAAAACCAAAAAAAUACCUAGACAAUAGUAAACUUGGUAACACUAUACGUAAGGCAGGCACAGAUAACAACAUAGAGAUAGUACAAAUUAACGUGAAAGGUUUAACUAUAUCCAAAGCUGAUAUAAUAUACAAGCUUUUCCUUGAUGCAGACGUUUUAGCUAUUCAAGAGACACAUGUACCAGAAAGUGAAGCAAACCGACUACGAAUCGACGAUUUCCAUAUGAUGAACUACAUUGGUCACAGGAGUCAUGGGUUGGCAACCUAUAUUAACGAGAUAAAAUAA